CCAACCGCGCCUCCACGAUGUAACCGCAAAACCUCAGGCUUCUCCGCCCGUCUUUACUGCAGGGCAGGAGGAGGCAGAGAAAGCAGAGGAAGAAGCGGAGCGGCAGCUUGGCUGAGACAGUCAGCAUGGAGUCCGAGGGGAGCAGAGAGCUCAUCUUUCCUCCUCUCACGGAGCCUGUGGAUGCCCCGCUGCCCAACUUAACCCCGAGGCACCAGGAGCUGAUCCCCACUCCCUGUGGCCCCAUAAAGCCGUGGUCUGAGUUGUCCUGUCCAGUCAAGGUCUAUUUCUGCAUCACACUGGUAUCUCUGCUGAGCAUCAUUGGGUUAACCAUAAAGACGCUGGUGCAGAAGUCAGAUGAGAACUUCACCGUCUCUCUCAUUCAGCUCAUUGGAGUCGUGUUCUGCAUUUACUAUGUGACCAGAGGGAUCCUCCAGGAGAAUCGGCAGGAGCUCAUCGUGUUCAUCCUCUCCAUCCUGCUGGUGAUGUUCCGGUCCCUGGUAAACUUCCUUGUGCUGAUGGCGGAGGAGAAGCCCGUGAGGGAGGACCCUCUCAUUCUGGCCCGGUUCAUCGUGAUCCUGUUGGUGGGCUUCUUUGACGUGAUCUGUGCCGUGAUCCUCAUCCGGACCCAGGGCAUGAUGGCCUUCAGAGUGGGUGGGGCCUUGGAAAGCCUCCAGGCUCAGUACUUCAUGCUCAAUCUCUGCUUCUCCAUGCUGACCUUUGAUCUCCAAGCUCAGCUCUGCCUGUGUGUCCUGAUCCUGACGUCGGGCCUGUACGCCUCGCUCCAGCACAGCCUCAUCCUCAUCAUCGGCGUCCUCUGGGCCGGCCUCAAAGUGACCAUCGGCAUCCUGGCUAUCCUGAGGGAGUUAAAGGUCCUGGUGUGGAUUUUCCUGGUGCAGAACGUCCCUGAAGUGGCUUACCUCUUCUAUCUCCUCUACACGAUAAGCCGAGCGUGGGGCCAAGACAGCUCCUACACGGGAGAAGCUGCUGCCAUCGUGGGCUCCUGCAUCUCAGUGGUCAUCAAGUCUGUCUUGCUUUGGGCCCUGUUCCACGUGUACCGAAGCUUUGGCCAGGGUCUGAGAGAGAGAAGCAGGUGUGAUCACAAAACCACUUCAGAGACUGGGUUUUCUACUCUCAUCCCUAAUGCCUGGCCCUGUCAGGCCCAUGCAGUUGGUGCCCAAGGCCACUGCACCGUGGAGACCCCCAGCAAGUUACCACUUAGGAACAACAACUGGACAAUGCAUUUUUUUUUCUUUAGAAAAAAGUUUAUUGAAAGGAUGUGAAAAUAGUAAUAUAUGCUUUCAACAAUAAUAAAUUUC